UACAAUUAUUUUUUGAAGUUCUUUUCUAUACAAAAUAAAAAUAUUUUUAUCAUUACAAAUUGUAAUCAAAUAUUUGUGUGCGCAUUGGCAUAGCAGCACCUUGUACUGCAACAACUUUCAACCAAAACCUCUCUAGCUUCCAAUUCAAAGUAGGAACUCUACCAUUUUCGUGCUCGUAGUCAAGACAAAGGUUGAUCGACGUCCGAACUCGUCAUCAUCAUCGUGUCGCCAUUCUUCCAGCGCAAGAUGUCUGGUAGACGAGAACGAGUCUGGGAGUCUGACUUUGAAUACUAUGAACGCGUGUAUUAUGAAGACUUGAAGAGUGGUUACUAUAAGCUCAAAAUCUCCAAGUCAUCAUAUAAGUGUCCCUUUUGCCAGGACAAGGGGGAAUACUCAUUGAAUGAGCUUUCAAAGCAUGCAGUAAGAUUUGAAAGGGACUCACGGAGCAUGAAGAUAAAAGAUUUAGCCAAGCACUCUGCUCUUCAAUUGUACAUUAAAAAGUAUCUUGAUGUCUAUGAUAAAGUAGGAAGUGUUGUCCAUGAUAAAGUAGGAAGUGUUGUCCAUGAUAAAGCAGGAAGUGUUGUUCAUGAUAGACCCGGAAAAGUGGUCCGUGAUAGAUCCGGAAAAGUUGUCAAUGAUGGAUCCGGAAAUGUUUACAGUGAUAGAUUUGGAAAAGUUGUGAAUGAUAGACCAAGAAAUGUUGUCAUUGCCAAUGAUAGAUCAGAAAAAGUUGGCAAAGAUCAACUAUUUGUCUGGCCUUGGGUGGGCAUUGUUGCAAACAUUGCCACUGAAUUUAAAAACGGAAUGCGUAUUGGAGACAGUGGUUCCAAACUAAGGGAUGAGUUUACUUUGAAAGGAUUUCAUCCUUUGAAAGUUCAACCAUUAUGGAACCGUUAUGGACAUUCAGGCUUUGCCAUUGUAGAAUUCUCCAAAGACUGGGAUGGUUUCACCAAUGCAAUGAACUUUGAAAGAAGUUUUGAGGCAGAACAUUGUGCUAAGAGGGACUACGACAAUUUAAGAGACCGAGGAGGUAGACUGUAUGGAUGGGUAGCUCGUGAUGAUGAUUACCACUCCAAGAGUAUAAUUGGUGAUCACCUUCGGAAGACGGGGGAUUUGCAAUCUGUUUCUGGAAAACAAGCAGAGGAAAAAAGGAAAACAACGCUGCUUGUCUCAGAUUUAGCUAAAACCUUGAAAGUGAGAAAUGAGAAAUUGGAGCAGGUAUGCAGCAAAUAUGAUGAUAUUAGUGUGUCCCUGAACAGAGUUAUGGAUGAGAAAGAAGCAAUGAUUGAAUCAUAUAAUAAUGAAAUAAAAAAGAUGCAUCAAAUUACCCGGAAAUAUUGGGAGGAGUUUUAUAGGGAUCGUGAAAAGGCCGGAUUGAAACUACAUGCGCAGAGGAAAAAACUAGAGAGCCGUGAGAAGGAUCUGCAGAGAAAUCAAGUGCAGAAUGAGAAUGAGAGAAAAAAACUGUACCUUGAAAGGAAAAAUAAUGAGAUGGCAAUAAUGGAGCAAAACAAAGCCGAUGAGAAAGUGAUGCAUUUGGCCGAAGAACACAAGAAAGAAAAGGAGAAAAUGCACAAAAAAAUUCUUGAACUACAAAAUGAACUUGAUGCCAAACAAAAAUUGGAAUUGGAGAUUCAACAAUUGAAAGGAAAUCUUCAAGUAAGGAAUCAAAUAGGAGAGGAUGACGAGGAGGAGAAAAAUAAAUUGGAUGCAAUUAAAACGGAACUAGAAGAUAAGGAGGAGGAAUUAGAAGAUCUGGAAGCACUUCAACAAGCUCUCGUUGUCAAGGAACGUAAAACCAAUGAUGAGUUGCAAGAUGCCCGCAAGGAGUUAAUACGUUGGCUGAGGAAGACAAACAGUAGUCGGGCGUUUAUUGGUGUCAAAAGAAUGGGGGAGCUUGAUGAAAAACCCUUUUUGAGUGCAGCAAAGAGAAAAUAUUCUGGUGAUGAAGUGAAUCUGAAAGCAGUGGAGUUGUGCUCACAAUACGAGGCUUAUCUUAGAGACCCAACCUGGUUUCCAUUUAAAGUUUUAAUAGAUAAGGAAGGGAAGGCCAAGGAAGUGUUAGAUGAAGAAGAUGAAAAACUGAGAACUUUAAAGGAUGAGUUUGGUGACGAUGUCUUUCAAGCAGUGGUUACAGCUCUGAAGGAGUUGAAUGAGUACAACCCUAGUGGUAGAUACCCGUUACCGGAGUUAUGGCAUUCUAAGGAAGGAAGGAAAGCCUUGUUAAAGGAGGGUUGUUCUUUUAUAAUCAGGCAAUGGAAAGCAUUAAAGCAGCGAAAGAAGUAGGACUGAUGCGGAACUUACAUUUUCGGUUCUUAUUCCAUCAAACCUACUGUUGUCAUCGUCAACAUCAUGGUGAAAUUGAUUUAGUUCAACUCUAGUGCCAAAGGUUGGUUAUAGUAUGUUACAUGCAAUACUGAUAUCAUAUAAUGUACUUUUUUCCCGUGUGAUAGAGGUUUCUUUUAUUGCCUUGGGACAUUUUUGUUUAGAAUCUAUUUGAAGUUAUAUCAGACCUUGCUUGAAAUUGAAGUGGCAUAUUAUGUUGUUUAGAUUUAUAUUUUUAGUUAACACUGCUAUUUAUAAAUAUACUGUACUAUUCAACAAUGUCAGAAAAUUGUGGGUUGAAUUGAAACUGACUCUGCCGUCAGUUAUUCUC